AUGCCUGGCACUUGCUUUUGCAGGUUGUUUGAGAAGAAGAAAAAAGCUAAUCGCCAACCCAGCAGUGAAGCAGAAGAACGAGAAAUUACAAGACAAACACAAGCAACUGAUGACAACACAGUUCAAAUAGUAAAAGUAGAGGAAAGAGAUAUUACAACACAAGCAACUGAUGACAACACAGUACAAGGUGUUCCGAGUUAUGCUUUUGAAGUACUAGCGAAAGCAACUGGUAAUUUCUCCAACAACAAUCGUCUUGGCGCGGGUGGUUAUGGUCAAGUUUAUAAGGGAAAGCUUCCAAAUGGUAAAGUGGUCGCAAUUAAGAGGCUUAUACAUCAUUCUGAUUCGGAAAUGGAGGAAAAUGCGCAACUUCAAUUUGAGGAGGAGGUGAAAACCAUUAGCCGCAUCCGUCACCGGCAUAUUGUGGAGGUGGUAGGGUACUGCAGUAAUAAAGCUGACAGAUUGCUUGUUUAUGAGUUUGUUUCCAACAAUUCGUUGAAAUAUCAUCUGCGUGAAGGGGGAAAAACAUUGCAUGGAAUGGAAAGCCCUGCAAUCGAUUGGUCAAGCAGAAUGAAAAUUGCUUUGGGUACCGCAAAAGGAUUGGCAUAUUCGCAUGAAGACUGUAAACCCAGAAUUAUCCAUCGAGAUAUUAAGAGUGAUAAUAUUCUUCUUGAUGAUAAUUUUAACCCAAAGAUCGGAGAUUUUGGAAUUUCCAAAGAUUUUGCAGAUUCUGCUACUUAUGUUUUCACUGAACCAAGGGGAACUGUUGCGUGA